UGCAACGUGCGAUCGUGAUUAGAUCGACGCGAGUUGAGUUCACCGACAAAUUUAUAUUCGCACACCGACAUAUUUUUGCCACGUUGAAAGAAAUCACGCCCGCGCAUCAUAGUCAGGCGGCUAAAACUGCAGCAGUCAUGGAGGAAAAUGUUUACCUGUUUGUUCCGAAUCUUAUAGGCUAUGUACGAGUGGUCUUAGCCCUGGCCUCAUUUUACUUCAUGCCAUCUAAUCAUGUGUUAGCAGCCACAUUGUACCUGUUGAGUGGCUUCCUCGAUGCUUUGGAUGGUCAUGCUGCACGAUACUUUAAUCAGUGUAGCCGUUUGGGAGCGUUACUGGACAUGGUGACAGACCGUUUCACGACGAUGGGUCUACUGGCAACACUGUGUUAUCUCUACCCUUCUUACAUGUUCUUCUUCCAGCUGAGUAUGGUUAUAGACAUUGUCAGCCACUGGAUUCACACUCAGAGCUCAUUAAUCAAAGGGUCCACCAGUCAUAAGGUCAUUGACCUUUCCGCCAAUCCGAUUCUGCGUCACUACUACCAUAACAAGGUGAUCUUAUUCACCAUGUGUGCCGCUAACGAGCUAUUCUACUGCUUGCUUUACCUGUGUCACUUCACCUGUGGUCCAGUCUUGCCAUUGUUCAAUGUGGGCUUGUGGACAGUCCUGGCUGUGCUGACGUGUCCCUUAGCUAUUGUGAAGAGCGGAAUCAGCGUGGUUCAGUUGUGGGCAGCCUGUGAGAAUGUAGUGACCAUAGAUGUGGCGGAGAGGCAACAGGCCAGAAGGAACAAGGCUGAUUAAGGAGUACUUGUGAUCAUAGCAUAAUGUAAAUGUAUACAGAUAUAUACAAAAUGUUUGUGAGAGCUUUCUAAAAUGUAACCCCACAUACAGUUGGAGGGCUAUAUCGCAAACUCAUGUACAUGUGGUAUUUACAUGUACAUACAUACAUACAUGUAUAAGAGCAAUGGAGAUGUAACAGUGCAACAUUUGUUAAUGGUUGCCAUGGUAAUUACUGUCUUGUAACAAUGACAACAAGAAGGCCUUGUGAAACAGGCCCUUGGAGGACAGCCUGACAUAAUAUUUCAUUUGUGGUAAAUGUCUUUAAUACUGAAGUAGUAAGUUAUUGUAUGAGGAAGUCUAGUGUGUUAUCAUUGAGUUACCACAUUUAUUGUUUCUAUGUGAGAGAAGAAAAGGCAGCAGUGAUUCUUACUUGAGCAUGACGUUUUUAACCAUCAUCUCUUUAAACCAUCAGAGUUCAUCACCUGGUGAACUGUAGAAAUUGGAACAUUAAGCGAAAAUGUGGUCUCGAGUAGUCCACAUUUUUUUAUCCAAAAAUAUUCUGAAAAUUUGCUGGAUACAGCUUAGGUGUGUCAAAAAAGACAAACUUAUGAGGCGUCUUUCAACUUUUUGUCUUGUCUCAUCUUUCCUGAAAGCACUAUCUACACAUGUUCUUCACGAUGUGGAAUCCCCUGAGUUCUAGCUGGUUUCCUCCUACCGUAAUGUUGGCCGCUGUCAUACUAUAGUUCGAUAUAAAAUACCAAUCAAAUAAACAAAAUCAUGACGUGGAAUAUGGGCAUUAUUUAUUAUUGUUUAUGAAGCUGUUAUACGAUAGUGUGGUGUUCUAAUGAUUUAAGCCCACGUGAAAACGUAAUCAAACAUAUAUGGGGGGCCUCCAUGGCUCAGUCGGUUAACGCGCUAGCUAUGACCCAGGAGCCUCUCACCUAUGUGGUCGCUGUGAGUUCAAGUCCAGCUCAUGCUGGCUUCCUCUCCGGCCGUACGUGGGAAGGUCUGACAGCAACCUGCGGAUGGGUGUGGCUGUGCCCGGUUUCCACCCACCAUAAUGCUGGCCGCCAUCGUAUAAGUGAAAUAUUCUUGAGUACGGCUUAAAACACCAAUCAAAUAAAUAAAUGAACAUAUAAAAAUUUUUUCCCCAUAAUCUUGCACUUGUUUGUAUUAUCCCCUUCAGAGACUUUUGUAAUUUUUGUGGGGAUGAUUUGCAAUACGAAAUAAGCAAAAGGACAACAUACAAUGCUGUUCAUUUAAUGUUCUGUCAGUCUUGAAGUAUAUUGCCAGGGAUGGUUGUACAUAUUUGUGUAUUUUAAUUUAACUAUACUGUCAUUAGCAUAAAGGGACAGCAGCACUUUUUCCAAAGACAGAGGUCAGAGGGCUUAGUCUCAAACAUAGGCAUUGUGUUAUUCUUUAUUAUAUAAUAAUUUAUUAUUAUUUGACAUUAUUCUUUUAUGUAUGAGCAAAUGAACUGUACAAGUACAUGCACCUUUUUAACCAGUGCUACCCUUUAUUUUAGCUUUAUUACAUUAAAAUGACAUGUAUAGAAAUUAAAUGUUUCAACCUGGUAAUUUUUUUUCUGUUUCAUCUUUUACUGAUUAUACUUUUUUAUUUUUGUUGAGACUGCAUUUAGUUUGAUAUGUAUCAUAUUUUCUUUAGGCAUGUAACUUGUAAAUGUUUUUUUUUUUGUUGUUGUUUUUGUUUAAUUGAGCCUUUGACUGCCCUUGAUCAGAUGAAUUGUUUUAUCUAGUGGUCACAAUUUGUUUGCAUAUGAUACAUGUAAAAUGUCAUCCUAUUAGCAUAUUAGAAACUGGCUAUACCCCCUGGGUAGUUAAAUAUAGAACUCUAUCAAGCAGUUUCCAGGUUGAUCAGUAUACAUCAUCAUUGAAAGCAUGAUUGAGAGGUUUUCGUACAUCGUGGGAAGUCGGUAUUAAAUGGUGUAAGGGCGUAAUAUUUGUUUGUACAGUAUGUUUAAUUUGUGUGAAUUAUUUCCCUAGGUAGUGAUAGUAUAAUGUAUGUGUUAUCUCCCCCACAUAAUGUAUGUGUUAUCUCGCCCUCAUAAUGUAUGUGUUAUCUCGCCCACAUAAUGUAUGUGUUAUCUCUCCCGCUAUAGCAGGAAACACAUUCCAUAAAUAUCAUGUGUUCAAAAUUUAUGACUCGCCCUGUAUGGAAAAAUAUUUGUUUAUAUUACAUAAACACAACUUUGACAUCAAGAGGGCGGUUAUAAUAUAAUUUCAUUUGAAGGAGACUGACCUUCCAUUGGAAAGGUUAGAUCAUACAGUUGUAGUCCGAAAAACAAGAUAAUCAACACUGAUAAAAGUUUGAUGACAACCGUGAAAUAAGCCAUUUUACCCAGCAUUAGCUUUUUGUGAUCAGGGUAUUUCAGCUUAAGGUUAGCUGUUUUCAAGUGACACAUUUUUCUUGAUUCCGUACAGUUCAAUCACCCUUAAGGGCCCUUUAAGAGUGUGUUAGGAAGUAUGAUGAAUUUUUAUUAUAAAAAACUAAGAGGUAGCAUCAAAAGUUUUAUUUUAGGACCUUUAUGUGCUUCUGAAGGUGUAUUUUUACAGGCGAAGCGUUAGGUGAAAUGCA